GCUCAGUACCUAGAUGGUCUGAAGAGACAUAUAUCUACGAAAAUGUCUUUGGUUUCUACUGUUGACGUCCCUGAAUAGUUCCAGCCCAUAUCUCGAGGCAGUGCCGUCUUCUUCACCUGUCGAGCAUCAAGAUGAAUAGAUCCAUUCAUCUGCCGCCCUAUGAUGACGAUACCUGAGUCGCUUCCGUAUUUUCUAACCACUUGCAGGCACAACGUUACUGAACUUGCAUACACAAGUGACCAGGGUAGCUUCGAGCUAUUUACCUAACAGGACCUCGUCAAGAGCUAUCGAUAUGGAGGGGUCUGAGCUGUUCCCAGCUAUUUACUUCAGGCCCCGCGCUCCUUAUUCCUAUCCUUACUCACCUCCAUUUCCUCAAUACUCAUCUGAUUCAAAUUCUGCAAGAUGAAGCUUUCGUCGACUCUUCUAAGCUUUGCGGCUGCUGUGGCCGCACAUGGUGAUCACGAUCACGACCAGGAGCCAUUGGCCGGUCCCCAUGAGGGUCUGUGGUACAACACUCUUCCUGGAGAUGGUGGUACACAGGCCGACUCCAUCUUCAGUGGCAUCUCCACAUUUGGUCGCCUUCCGUACCACCCAUGCCUCAAGAGCAACGUCGACUUCGACAUCGCGUUCAUUGGUGCUCCCUUUGACACUGGCACAUCGUACCGCCCGGGUGCUCGCUUUGGGCCCAGCGGUAUCAGACAAGGUUCUCGCCGUCUCAAUCUCUAUGGCGGAUACAAUGUCCCAUUGAAGGCAAACCCGUUUAAUUCGUGGGCAAAGGUCCUCGACUGCGGAGACAUUCCAGUCACUUCCUACGACAAUGCUUUUGCGCUCAAGCAGAUCGAGGAAGGCCAUAACCUCCUCUUGAGCCGUGCACCCCACACGCACGCUGACAAGCCUGGACCAUCCAAGAAGGGAACUACCCUUCCUCGUUUGAUCACUCUCGGAGGUGACCACACCAUCACACUUCCUCUCCUUCGCUCGAUCAACCGUAACUAUGGCCCCGUCAGUGUCAUCCACUUUGACAGCCAUCUUGACACAUGGAAGCCGAAGGUCUUUGGUGGUUCGCCCAGUGAGCAAGCCGCCAUCAACCACGGCACUUACUUCUUCCACGCUGCUCAGGAAGGUCUCCUUGCUAACGACACCAACAUCCAUGCUGGGAUCCGCACGACUCUAUCUGGACCCUCUGACUACGAGAACGAUGGCUACUGCGGCUUCCAGAUUGUCGAGGCACGUGAGAUUGAUAAGAUCGGUACUGAUGGCAUCAUCAAGAGGAUCAAGGACCGAGUUGGCACUGAGAAGCCCGUCUAUCUCAGCAUCGACAUCGACACUCUCGACCCUGCUUUCGCCCCUGCAACCGGCACACCCGAGACCGGCGGCUGGACCACUCGCGAGCUGCGCACCAUCAUCCGCGGCCUCGAGGGCAUCAACCUUAUCGCCGCCGAUAUCGUGGAAGUCGCUCCCGCGUACGACACCAACGCCGAGCUGACUACCAUGGCCGCCGCCGAUACCCUCUACGAGGUCAUGACCCUGAUGGUCAAGAAGGGCCCGUUGAGCUACAUGGGCAAGCAGGAGGCCAUCGAGGAGCUCUAAGCAGAGCACAGUAGCUGUUCAGUAUCAAGACUGAGACCCAACUAGGCAAGCUGACCCCUUCCCCCUCCCUUCUUAGGUAUAGAACUCUGUGUCCUAGGCUGAUUUGUAGCGCAGGGGUAUGUCGAUCGACCGCGACGGUGAUCAGCAACCAUAUAGUGUAGUGCGUGUCUCAAGGUAAGAAUCAAGUCACGCAGAGAACGAUAGAGUGUGAGGCAAGUAGGCUUGAUAGUAUC